GGAUCCUUUCCCUGAUCUGUCUUCAUUUCUCUCCUUGACAACACUUUUCAUUCUCUCUCUCUCUCUCUCUCUCCUCCUGCUGCUACUUCUUGUCUCAGGUUUUCAUCUCAAUUCUUAACUCGGUUCUACAUGAGUCGAUCUGGAAGAAUAACUGCAAGCUAAAGCAAAGAGCUGGAAGCAAGCUCAUCCUAGCUAGAUCGAAUUAGGGUUUUGGAAGUUCAUAAAAAAGAAAAAAAGAUGUGUACCAGGGGCCACUGGAGGCCUGCUGAAGAUGAAAAGCUCCGAGAGUUGGUGGAACGGUAUGGACCCCAUAACUGGAACGCCAUAGCUGAAAAUCUCCAAGGAAGAUCAGGGAAGAGCUGUAGAUUGAGAUGGUUCAAUCAGCUGGACCCAAGGAUCAAUAGGAGCCCUUUCACCGAAGAGGAAGAAGAGAGGCUUUUGACUUCGCACAGGAUCCAUGGAAAUAGAUGGGCCAUAAUUGCAAGACUAUUCCCUGGUCGCACUGAUAAUGCAGUGAAGAACCAUUGGCAUGUGAUCAUGGCCCGAAGAUGUAGAGAAAGAUCAAAGCUUUAUGCAAAAAGGGCUGCUCAGACAUUAAUGAAUCAGCAAAAAUCUUCUUCCAAAGUACAAGAUCAGCUCCAGAACAACUGUACUGCUGAGGCAAGAAACCAGCUUGCGCCCUUGAUUGAAAAAUAUCGUGAACGAUUUAAUCAGUACCCUUUUGCAAAUUAUGAUCCCCAAUUUCCAAAAGAGUGGUUUUCUCAAGGUCGAAGUCCUUGUAUCGCUAUGCUUGAAGAUAAAAGGCCGCAGCCAAUUGAGUUUUAUGAUUUUCUUCAAGUAAAUACAGAGUCCAUUAAUGGUAGUGAAGUGAUAGACAACGCAAGAAGAUCAGAUGAUGAAGAGGUGAAUCAGCUGGAAGCAGACACAGAACAGAAGAUCAGCAAGGCUGGUCAUGUUCCAUACAUAGAUUUCUUUACUGUCGGAAUUGGCUCUUAAUUAGUAAGGUCGUUGUAGUGUCUGAAUUGAAAUAUCACAAUUACAUAUACGAAUCAAUUAAGCCUAGCUAACGUAUUUAUACCUCACCUAUAUAUAUAUACAUGCAUGUUGCUCGGUCCUGCAUUGACAGAAGAGAUCGAAGAAAAUGUACAUUUAAGGAGAUCACGCGUACGUAGCAUGUAGCUAGCUAGGCGUGUAAUAUCUAUCCUAUAAAACAGAUUUGUUUGUUCCUUUGCCA